AUGGGGCCUUCUUCGGCAGUGAGCGGGGCGGACAGCCGCUGCCCCGGUAUCCUGCCUGACAGUGCCCGGCCAGAGGAACGGGCCGGCGGGGGUGAUCCCGGCCUCCACCCUGUGACCCCGAAAGCGGCAAGCCAGCUUGGACCCAGCAGCAUCAGCAGCCUGAUCCGUGGCACUGUACCUAAGAUGGCGGACACCGCGUGCAUCAAAACCAGGAAGAGAACAUGCAGUCCCCAGGCGCCCACAAUACACGGCAAAGCAACCGGGCGCAUGCAAACCAACACCCCACAACGACCACCGGUAAACACCCGCCAAGGCAUCCCAGCACAACGCUCACCUCAAGGCGGCAAUAGGCGGAAAAGACAGGGACGCAAUGAGCCAGCUCCCCCACCACGGAGGAACCCACUGCCAAACAAGGCACGGAAGCGGGAACCUCUGACACAUCGGGGAACCGGUCUCACACACCUAAUGCUGCACCCUGCACCAAGAUGGCGACACACCGCACCACUACCAGCAAUGAAGACACCGCACUACAUGCGGACAGCUGAUCAGCGAUGGAGCUCCUCUCAGCCCACAAAACGCUCCAGCACAUCGGAGAAGCAAGAGCCCACCCGACACCACUACUUUGCCACCUCCUUUCUGGUUGUCUCCCUGCAGCGAAGGACUCUACAACCCAGCCUCGAAAUGGAGUGGGCUGACAGCCGGCACAGAACGCGCAGAGGCGGGAUGCCACAGGCUACCACCAAAACCCUACCUGCCUUGAUAAAAUAA